AUGGAGAUUGGAUCAUAUUCUGAUCAGAGCAAAUCAACUUUUUGUCUGGUGGAUGAGGAUCACACAUUUGCAAAUUCAGUCAGAUUCGCCUUAAAUCAAGAUCCAAGGGUGACAUUUUGUGGGUAUAGCAUUCCUCAUCCAUCUGUUACUCAGGUUAAUAUCAGAGUCCAGACAACAGGGGAUCCAGCAAAAGAGGUGAUGAAAGAUGGAUGUCAAGAUCUAAUGCGUAUGUGCCAGCAUAUUAGGAGCUCUUUUACUGAUGCUUUCAUUGAUUUUAAAAGGACCAAAACCGAUACUAAACAGGAUAUGGAUACCAAAUAA